CUCCCACGAUCUUUCUCACCACCAAGCAUCCUUGUCCCCUCGUCCUUGCUAUCUGGUUAGUCUCAAAACUGGAUUGACCAACCCCGCAAACCUACCGUACAACAACAAAGCUCAAUGCUGGGCAUGAUUGAUCGAGAAGUGCAAGAGGAAGAAGAUGAUGACUGUCACUCGACCUAGGGCAGCGACUACCAAGAAGACCAAGUCCAGUCUGGUGAUUGUCAUUCUCGUCACGGCAAGCUUGUGCAUGGUGGUGUGGUUUUUGUUCUCUUCCAUAACUUUGGCCCGGUCGGUCAAUAAUGACAAUAAUGAUAAUCAAAAUAUCAGCCCUCAGGAGCAAGCAUCAUCGAGCAAGCUGUUAUUGACGAGAUCACUGGGGAGUCGGCGGCAAGAGAAAAUACUGGACAACAGUGAAUCUGCAAGAUGGGAAACAUACAAGUCGGUCUACAACUACCAAGCCCCAUUAUUAUCCAAUCCUCCCUCGACGGCCGCCGAAGAAGAAUGCGGUUUUGGACCUACAUACGCCAAAUUCUUUGAACAAGGACGUGACAAACGGUCUCGGUAUAUGGAAGACAAGGCAAUCUACAAGGCAUUCUUCAAAGAACGAUUGACGGGAACAGGGACGUAUGUCGAAAUGGGCGCAUUUGAUGGCCAAUCCGAAAGUAAUUCUCGAUUUUACGAUCUCUGUUUGGGCUGGAAGGGAUUAUUGAUUGAAGCCAAUCCACUCACGUACCAGAAAACAGUACAAAAUAGACCACAUGCCCAUCGCAUGAGUUUUGCGCCAUCCUGCAAGGACGUUGGUGGCACGGUCGAAUUUUACAAAUACCCCAUGACCAAUGCUGGACAGGCAGGAAAAGCCGUCACAUACGAGGGAAAGCCCACCGUCUCGGUUCCUUGUGGCCCACUGGGACGUGUACUGGAAGAUGUGUUCAAGGGCGAAACAAUCCACUUUUUCUCUUUGGAUGUCGAAGGCGUCGAACCACAAGUAUUGGCCACCAUCAACUUUGAAAAAGUCAAAAUUGAUGUCCUCAUGGUGGAGGUCGACAACUAUUUCUGCAAAGAAAAUUGUAAAUUGAGGGAUACUGUCAGGGAAAUCAUGACCAAUGCUGGGUACACACGGCAUGAUGGGGUUGUGAGGGCAUCCGAUGUCUUUACCCGUCCGGGAGCUACCUUCAGCCUGAUUCGAAACUACGUGUCGCGACCAGACCCCCGCAUUGAUCGGCAGAAGCGGUACAAGGAGACCUACGACUAUAGGCUGCCAACAAAUUCUUUCCAGAGUACACCUGAGGAGUGUGGCAAGGCUCCCAACUACAUGAAGUUUUUCAAUCUUCCUUCGGAGGAACAUUCACGAUCCAUGGAGGACAAAAUUAUUUAUCACAUGUUGUUCAAGGGCCGACUGAAUCACAAUCAACCGGGCACAUAUGUGGAACUAGGAGCCUUUGAUGGAAAGUCGGAAAGCAAUACACGCUUCUUUGAUGUGUGCUUGGGUUGGAAAGGUCUAUUGAUCGAAGGACAUCCAGAUCUCUUUCUGCAGGCAGUAAACAACCGUCCCCAGGCACACAGAAUGAAGUUUGCUCCCUCCUGCAAGGAAGAUGGCACUGUGCAGUUCUACAACUAUCCCAUGAGCAACACUGGAUUGGAGGGCAAGGCACUGGAAUACAAAGGAAAGCCAACAAUCACAGUCCCGUGUGGGCCCCUUGGACCAGUGUUGGAAGAUCUUUUUGCUGGAGAAAGAAUAAGCUUCCUGUCCUUGGAUGUGGAAGGAUCAGAGUCCAUGGUUCUGGAAACUAUUGACUUCAAGAAAGUCAUGAUAGAUGUUCUGAUGGUGGAAGUGUCAAACAAGCACUGUGUGGAGGGCUGUAAGAACAGGAAUGAUGUUAGAGCAAUUAUGAAAAAAGCUGGGUACAAACGAUUUGGCUUUGGAAGUCUUGUGCAGACGUCUGAUGUCUAUGUGCAUCCAGACUCUCCCUACCAACCACAGGAUACAUGAUCAGACCCAAGACCAUGUAUCUUGUCCUUGCUAUAGCAGCCUGCCGCCGGAUGAGUGCAGUUUCACUUUGGAGCAGUUGAGGGGUUGACUUACCCAGGAACUAUGACUCGCAGAUUUUAGUUUCGCAUGGUAGCUUUGACGAUUGCAAGACACCAUUGGGCGGAUAUCUGGAAUGCAUUUUUCCAUGUGGCACACCACAAAGAUUCAACUCAAUCUACAGCUAUGCUUCUACAAGCAACUCGUGCCAGAUCUACACCUUAUGUCUAGCUAGGCUUUACAAAUAAUGAACUAUGGGAUCACUGGUGGCUAUUUCACGGAAGGAUGGCUCAAGUUUU